UACCAAGUUGGUAGGACGAAGACAAACGAGACGGUGCACGGGAAGGGGUCUCUGGUGGCGGGUAAACGAGAUGGACGACGAGAGGAUCCUAGAGAGAGAGAGGCUACAGAUCGAGCUGAUUCGCGAGCUUGAUUUCGAGGAGUUGCAGGUGGAAGAAGUCGAAGAAGAUUCUCCAGAUUCCUCCGAAGAUGAUGAUGAUGAUCUCGCUGCAUUUCGCGUCACCUCCCAGUCCCACACUCGUCUCUCUGAUAAUCUCGGUGCUGAUGAACUUAUUUUCAACCCAGAUGUUGCUUCUCUACACACCUAUCUUGGCGAGGUUGAAGACACUCAAAACAGGAUUGCUUCUGUGGAUGGAGGCACCGUUUUGAAGCUCCCCCUUUUCUAUCUUGAAGGAGUGGUUCUAUUUCCAGAGUCUACACUUCCCCUUAGGAUUAUCCAGUCUAGCUUUUUGGCUGCUGUUGAGAGAGCUUUGAACCAAACUAAUGCGCCUUGUACUAUAGGUGUGAUUCGUGUUUACAGAGAAGGGCAUCAGUUCAAGUACGCCACUGUGGGUACAACCGCAGAGAUACGACAGUAUCGUCGACUCAGUGACGGCUCAUUCAAUGUUAUUACUCGUGGACAACAACGGUUUCGUUUAAAGCGUCGCUGGACUGACGUUGAAGGAUUCCCUUGCGGAGAGGUUCAUAUUGUUGACGAAGAUGUGCCCUUGAGGACUCCCAGGGAUGCGUUUGGGAAGCUGGUUCCGAUAAGCAACCUGCGAGAUCGCUGUGACUCGAGUGAAAUGUCUAUAUUUACACCUCAUAGAGAUACGGACGAACAACAGUCACAAGCAAAUUCUGAAGAAAGUUUUGAAAGUGGUCUUACUCUGUCCGAGAAAAGACUUCACUAUUCAGCACUUGACUCGAUUAUGGAUGACUGGACGAGUAUUGAUGAUGAUCAAGUAGUCAGCACAUCUAAUAUCCAAUCUAGUGCAUCUCAUUCAUACAGCUCUAAGUCCAUUGGAUGUUCUGGUCAAGAUGACAAAAACGUAUCUGCAAAUGGCAAGAUUCCUGUUUCACAAGGGGAAGAUCAAAAGCAUUAUAGACUGACAAGUUUCCGGGAAAAGACUGAUCUAAAUCGAUUCCGUAUGACCCCAAGAGCGUUUUGGCCAUUCUGGGUGUAUCGGAUGUACGACUCAUAUCAUCUUGCUCAAAGAGCAGCUGAUCUUUGGAAGCAGAUCGUUGGGGUUCCAAACAUGGAGGCUGUAGUGAAUAAACCAGAUAUUUUAUCCUUUUUCAUCGCUAGUAAAAUUCCUGUCUCCGAGUCAAUUAGACAAGAGCUCUUGGAGAUUGACGGAGUCUCCUACAGAUUGCAUCGAGAAAUAGAAUUGCUCGAGAGCUUUGAUCGUGUUCGAUGUAAACACUGCCAGACUGUUAUAGCAAGAAGAAGUGACAUGUUGAUUAUCUCUAAUGAUGGUCCUCUAGGUGCCUAUGUAAACCCACAUGGCUAUGUGCAUGAGAUAAUGACCUUUUACAAAGCAAAUGACAUAGCGCUUAGAGGUAGACCAGUUCUAAAAGACAGCUGGUUUCCUGGGUACGCAUGGACGAUUGCAAACUGUGCAACGUGUGAAACACAGCUGGGUUGGCUUUUCACAGCGGCAAACAAGAAGUUGAAACCAUCGUCUUUCUGGGCAGUUCGGAGCUCACAGGUUGCAGAUGACAUGCGCUGAAAAUAUAUUACAUCACGCCUUUUAUACCAAAUUAUCAUAUAUUACAUCACGCCUUUUAUACCAAAUUAUCAUAUAAAAAGUUUCUACAGAGAGAAACACUAUAUCACAUGUUUUUUUCUAAGUACAUAUGACUUCUUAUUAUAGAAUUACGAUUGGCUAGAUC